ACCUCACACGCUUUCUUCGCGUCAGUUUCCUGAAAGCUCCUGAGUUAGCCGUCCAUCGCUGCAGUCUGCGGUUCUGUUUCUCUGUAAGGCCUAAGUUUCCAUUAUGAAAAAGGCCAGAUUCUCCAUCUUUUCUCUUCUCCCGCUCUGGAUGAGUUUUGGCAGCGUUGCUGCUUUUGAUGAGUCCAAAAUCUGCUACAUCUUGGAUGCCAUUCUGUUCAUCUAUGGAGUCGUUCUAACUGUCCUUUACUGCAGAAUGAAGUUACUGAAUGAAAAUAAAAAGAGCUCCUCUCACACAAAGAAAGAUGGAGCUGAAGGUGUUUAUGAAGGUCUUGCACCACGUACUGAAGACACCUACGAGACCAUCCAAAUGAACAAGACCAAAGCAUAAGGAAAUCAGACUUAACCCGUGUGAGAUGUGAUGCUGUAUAAUUUUUCUUAGCAUGUACUUAUAUAUUAAUGUUGUAUAGAUUCAUAUAACAAUCAUUCUCUAUCAAAGAGUGCUUUGUAAUGAUUUAUAUGUAAUAUAUGUAAUGGCCUAAUGCUUUGCUUCAGGUUCUUUUUGUGGAAGGUAGUUGUAGUUUGAUACUAGAUACUUACCUGUGUAAAUAGAAGAGAGCAGGACUGGUUGGCACAUGAAUUGGUUGGUACUAUGAGACACUAGGGAGAAAAAUGUAGCAUAAAAACGAUUACCCAUUUGACCAACAUUUACUCAUGUUGUCAAGAGUUCAGAAUAUUACUAUUUGUUCAGGUGGGGAUGACGUUUUUGAUUUUUCCGUGUUAAAAAUUGUUUUAAAGAGAGAAAUUGAAAAUUUUAAAUAUUAAUUUUAGUUAGUAUGUUUAGUUAGUGUGUUAGUAGAUGCCUGUUGUCCUUUACUUUAUGGGUGAAGUUCAUGUUAACUGGACCAAAAGAAAUGGUCUAAAAUUCCUCUGAAAAAAGUCUGGUUCCAUUGACUUACAUUAAAAGUAAAGUGUGUUUUUCCUUCUCCUGUAAAGUUCUCAUUUUGAAGAUACGAGGUUUUGUUCCAACAGUGGCGAUAUAUUACUUUAUUUUAUUUGCAGCACAUAUACUGCACUGCUUUUAUUACAUUUACAAAAAAAUAACAUAACUUUGAACAAAGCAAUUUACGUAUUAAAUUUUUUUUUAUUAAAAACUUUUUUUUUAUUAAAAACAUUUUUCCUAUUUGAAAAAAAUAUUUUGCUUUUCUUUUGUUUGAACUUAAAUUCAAUUUAGACAACACAUAUAAUGUCUACAAUAAACUGAUAUAUUUUAACACAGGCUAAUGGCUUACCUGGAAAUGAAAAAGAUUUAUCAGUUGGUAAAGUGGCCCAUUUUUUCCCUUUUUAAAGUUCUUCAAGUUAUUCUUCAAUACAAAUCAAUGAAAAAAUAUGUUUAUGUUUUAUUGAUUCGAAGAGAUUAUUUGGCUGCCGUUCAAUGUUUAUAUAUUUUUGUGGUUUGGAGUUUUGGUUCUCUGAUUAUUUCUUUUUGUUCCUUCAUUCUUUGAAAGUAUAGCCUUUUAAACCCUUAAAGUCCCAGGCUUAUUAGAUACAAAGACUUAUUAUUCAGUAAUGACAGGGACUUCAGUGCAAACUGGUUGAGCUAUUCUUAGAUUAUAGAAGUGUGUAAAAAAACUUCGGGCCCGCUGGAAGGCAGAUGGCCUAUUAGGGGUUAUUGUUGUGCUACCCAUCUCCAUAACACGUGCCAUGUUGAGGCUGGUUGGCAUGAGUGCACAACACAAAUUCACUAAUUCCAGGAAAUAUGUUUUCAUUUUUUAAAUGUCUAUUAUUUAGCUAAGAUAUUAAGCUUUCAUCUGCUGCUAGUUGGGUUAUCCUAAUGUACGGCAUUCCUGGGAUAUACAUCAGAGAUUGAAGACCAAUCAAGCCUGCUCUCCCCUAAUUACCAAGCAAAGAGCUAUUGGGCCAUCAUUUUAAAUACAUGAUAAGCUUUAUCCUUAAGUAAGUAAAGUUACACUGAUCUGUUUAAUAUUUCUCACUAUUGCUUCUUCUGUCCUGAUUAUAUUCUGUGUAUAUGUAACUUUCAAGACGUGUAUCAUGACCUUGUAUAGUUCUUUCUUUAAAUUAACUAUUCACUUUGUUGUAUUAAAUGUCUUAACCACAAAA